AUGUCUACCCAGCCAUCCAUUAAUAAUGAUUUAAAUUCAAUAUUGUCAAAUACUAAUCAAUCAUUUGAAAAUAAAAAUCCUAUAAAAUCUAAACAAGGUUUAUCAUAUGUUAUAGGAGAUACAAAUAACAAUGAAAAUCAUAUACUACCUAUAAAUGCUAUUCAAUAUUCAUCAAUUAAUAAUCAAUUAUAUACUGCAGGAAGAGAUGGUUCAGUUAAAACUUGGGAAGAUUCAAAUUUGAAUUUAACUAAUAAUGUACUAAAGACUAAUCAAAAUGAAAUAUCUGACUGUGAUGAUAUUAAUGAGAAGUUAUUAAGACUUGAAACUGCUAUAUCAUCUAAACCUUUACCAUAUUAUAAAAAUAAUUUUAACAGUUCGGACUUUAAGAUUAUUAAUAAUCGUAAUCUUCAUUUUGAUUGGAUUAAUGAUAUAACAUUAAUUAAUAAUGAUCAACAAUUAAUAUCAUGCUCUGCAGAUCUAUCAAUAAAAAUAAUUGAGUUAUUUGGUUCAAACUCAAUUCAUAAAUUACCUAAUGUUCACACCGAUUAUAUUAAAAAACUAGCGUAUUCAUCAACUUGUCCAAAUAAAUUAGUAAGUGGUGGUUUAGAUGGCAAUAUAGUUAAUUGGGAUUUAAAUCAACUUAAACCAAUAAGUGUAUUAGAGAAUAUAUCAACAACAAAUCUACCAUCAUCUAUUUAUUCAUUAGCAAAAAAUGAUCAAGGAAUUAUAAGUACAGGAGGUCCAAGUAAUACUAUUAAUUUAUAUGAUUCAAGAUCUUCUCAAUUUAUCAGAAAGUUAAUUGGACAUCAAGAUAACAUAAGAUGUUUAUUAAUGAAUGAUCAAUUUUUAUUGAGUGGUUCUUCUGAUACAAUUAUAAAAUUAUGGGAUUUAAGAACUUUUAAAGUUUAUAAAAAUUUUGAUAUUCAUGAAUUUCCUGUAUGGUCAUUAUAUUCACCUGAUUUAUCAUCAUUUAAAGAAUUUUAUUCCGGAGAUAAAAAUGGUAAUGUUGUAAAAACAGAUUUAACAAAUUUAUUUAUAAAUAAAACUAAAGGAGAUUUUUAUUACAAUACUUUUAGUAAUAAUGAGAAUGUAUCAAUUGAUGAAAAAUUGGGAAUAUUUACAUUAAUUGCUAAAGAAAAUUCUCCAAUACUAUCUAUUAGUACUGAAGAUAAAAAUAACACUGUUUUUGUUUCAAAUUGUGGUUCACUUAAUCGUUAUAUAAAUCCUAAUACAUCUAAUUUAUCAGAAUAUCAAUUUUUGAAAAAUUGUUUGGAAUAUUCUAUCAAUAGAGAGACGCAAUAUAAAGAUGAUAGUGUUUUAGAUGAUUUACAAUCUUCUCCACAAGCUGAUGAUUUAAAUUCCGAUUUUUAUGAUUUAGUCAGUCACUUAUCAAUGGAUACAAAUGUACAUAAUUUAGAACUACAUAGUACAUUUUCUCAAAAUUUCAAUAAUAUUGAAGGAACUCCUCCAACUUUUGAUGAUGAUGAUGAAGAUGAUGAUAAUAGUAGUUCUAGUUCAGGUAAUGAUCAAUAUCUGUCAAUGUUUAUUAAUGUUUUUGGUGGUCCAUCAAAUGAAUUUAUAAAUGCAUAUCAACAAGGUCAAGAAUUAAUAUAUGAAAAUCCGUUUGGUGACAAGACUAAUAAAGAAGAAACAACUAUAAUAUCAAAUGAUGAAUAUAUUGAUUUAACUCCAGUUGAAAUCCUAUUGAAUCCAUUGCCAUCAGAACAAGUAGCAGUUAUUCCAUUCAAUUUAAAACCAAUUGCACAACAUGAAAUAGUACCAAAAAGUGUAAUUUCAAAAAGAAUUUUUAAUAAUAAAAGACAAAUAAUGGUACUUUAUCUUAAUGGUGAAAUAAAAAUUUGGGAUAUACUAAUAUGUAAAGAACUUAAAAAAUAUUCAAUGGAACAUUCAAAAAUAUUAACUGGGAAAGAAUUAGAAUUAAGAAAUAAAGAAAUGGAUACCUUAUUUCAAAAGCAUCAAAAUUCAGAUACUUUAAAUAAUUGGUGUGAAGUUGAAAUAAAAGCAGGUAAAUUAUUAGUUACAAUUAGAGAAAGUUCAAUAAUGAAUGUUGAAAUAUAUUAUGAUGAUUUAAUAAAAGAUUAUCCAUAUUUAGCAAUUGAUAGCGCUGAGACAAUUGCUAGGUUAGGUGACACCUACAAAAAAUUUACCGUUACAAAUGAUGAUAGAUUUCAUGUUGGUUUGAUUUUAAUAAAUUCAGUUUUUGCAGGUUAUACAAAUUUUGAAAGAGCAAUUGAAAACAUUAAAAUUGAUGAAACUUUAAGAUAUUAUCCAAUUAUCAAUUAUAAACAUUUUCCAAAAGAUAUGAAUGUUAUAUUAUUUGAACAUUCACCCGAACUUGGUAAUUAUAGAGAUUUAAAUUAUUUCAAACUAACUGAUAUUGAAACAAUUGCUAAAACUCAAAAUCAAACCCUAUUAAAUGAAUUAAGAUUAUUACCAAAAUGGAUAAGUCAACCAAUAUUAUAUAAUAAAUUAUAUAUUAAAGAAUCACCUAAAAUUACAUUCCAAUUAUUAGAAUGUGAUUAUUAUCAAUUACCACCACAUAUCAAAAUAGGAGGUAAAUCUCAACGUAAAAUAAAAUCAUUACCAGCAUUAGAAAGUUCAAUAAAAUUAACAUCUCAUAAUAUGUUAAGAGUUUCCAAAAUAUUAUAUUUUUUAACUGAUAAAUUUGAAAAUAAAACAAAAGAAAUGAAAGAUAAAAAAUUAUUACCAACAGAUUGGUUAAUAUUAGAAUGUAAAGGUCAGGAAUUACAAAAUAAUAUGACUUUACAAACUAUUAAAACAAAAAUUUGGAAAAAAAAUACUGAUAUUGAAUUAAAAUUUAGAAGAAAAUUCGAUUUAUAG